GGUUGUGGGGGAGGGAAAAGUGGCAAAAGGGGAUUAUUCAAAGUACCGAAAACCUCCUCCCGGGAUCGAGCGCAGUGGCACCCCUAGGCCAGGGGCACCUCUGGUGUGGCAGAAGGUGAUUGAAUUACUCAGAUAUGAAGAUCAUCUUCUAGGUUUUGUGUAAAAGGCCCCGGAUAUUUCAAGUGGCCAUUUUGGAAUUACAAUGUUUUUGGAUAAUUUUACCCCAGAAGUUUAUUAAAAUUGGCAAGAAUCAUCUCUGAAGUGAAUUGAUAGUAGUGAACAAUUCUACAAGCUACUUAAAAAGAGACCCAGGCAUUUCUUCAGUAUUUUGGUUCAAAUGAAUUAUAUAACUGGUUUAAAGUGUUUCAGCUGGUGGUGUUUUUGCCUUCCCCCCAACCCCUCCCCUGUUGUUGGUGUUCUUCAGCCAAAACUGUAAGAUAUGUUUGAUUUGUGUACUGAGUAGUUUCGGCAGUUUUCAAAUUACUGUUUAAAUAUUGCUGAAGUUUUUCAUGGCAGUUUAUUUUUACCUUUAUUAAAAGUUUUAGGAAUUUUUGACCUCAGCCCUUUUCGUGUCACAAUGGGACAGCUUUUCUAAAUGAAGACAUUGAAUGAAUACAGAGUUUUUUUGCUUUUAUCUUUUAUUUACGUGGAAAUUUAAGAUGUGGCAGUUUCCCAGCAGCAUGGUAGUAUUGAGAUAGUCUCUGUUUAUGCUGAUGUUUAGGAAUGCUCUUCAGAUCUGCCGCGUUGGAAAGAUGGCGGAGGAAGAACCAAGAAGAAAGAUCCCUUUGGUUCCAGAGAAUCUCCUGAAAAAGAGGAAGGCUUAUCAGGCCCUCAAAGCCACCCAGGCAAAACAGGCGCUUUUGCAAAGGAAGGAGCAAAGGAAAGGAAAACAAGUCAAGUUUAAGCAACUAGAAUGGUUUGUACAUGAUUCCUGGUGGCAGCUUCGGGACAGAGUGCGAUUCAGACGGCUAAAAGUGAAACCUCAUGCCUUGGAAGUGCCAGACAAACAUUCCUUGGCCUUUGUUGUACGCAUUGAAAGGAUUAAUGGGGUGAGUUCAGUGGUGCAAAGGACCAUUGCCAGACUUCGCCUGAAUAAGAUUUUCAGUGGCGUUUUUGUGAAAGUGACCCCUAAAACCAUAAAGACGCUUCGUAUCGUGGAGCCUUAUGUGACCUGGGGAUUUCCAAAUCUGAAGUCUGUUCGGGAACUCAUCUUGAAACGUGGACAAGCGAAGGUCAAGAACAAAGUCAUCCCUCUGACAGACAACAUAGUUAUUGAGGAGCACCUGGGGAAGUUUGAUGUCAUUUGCUUGGAAGACCUCAUUCACGAAAUUGCCUUCCCGGGGAAGAAUUUCCAGGCAAUCUCAAGGUUCCUGCGCCCUUUCCAACUCUCAGUGGCCCGUCACGCUAUGAAGAGCAGAGUGGGCUUCCUCAAGGAAGUGGGCUCGCUGGGCUAUCGAGGUGAACGUAUCAAUCAGCUCAUCCGGCAGCUGAACUGAACCCAGCGUACCUGAAAACAGUGCACUGGAAGCACGUGUUUUUAUUUUAUGGAAUUGUCGCUCAGUAUCUUCAAGGAAGAUUGUUUUCUGCUAGAAUAUAUCUUCAGAAACUGAAGGAAAGGGUCAGGGGAAACAUGGUGAUGUUCACAGCAGGCACUUCCACCUCAGUUCCAAGGAAAAGUUCCUGUGUGUUUUCUGUGAUGACUACCGUCCACCUCUG